GGUAUCCCGACAGUAGUUACGUGCGAACUGUUCAUCCGGUCGAUCGGCUCCAUAAACCCGGAGUCCAUGGACUAUGAGGUGGACCUGUAUUUGCGGCAGAGAUGGUACGACCAGAGGCUGAUGACUGGGAACGGGUCGCGGGCUCUGGACCUAAACGACCCAAAGUUAGUGCAAAUGAUUUGGAAACCGGAGGUCUUCUUCGCCAACGCCAAGACCGCGGAGUUUCAGUACGUCACGGUCCCCAACGUACUCGUCCGGCUGGACCAAGGGGGGUCCAUACUCUAUAUGCUCAGACUCAAACUGCGGUUCUCAUGUAUGAUGGAUCUCUACCGGUACCCAAUGGACAGCCAGAUCUGUGCCAUUGAAUUGGCCUCAUUUUCAAAGACGACAACUGAGUUGAACCUGAAGUGGUCGGACAUAUCACCCGUGAAACUGUACGACAAACUAAAAUUACCCCAAUUUCUCAUCACUAAUGUCAGCACAAGUCUGUGUAAAGAGACCUUUCAUAUCGGUGAAUACAGUUGUCUUAAGGCCGAGUUCUACCUCCAGAGAGCACUGGGAUAUCAUUUGGUGCAGUCAUACCUCCCGACUAUACUCAUAGUAGUCAUCUCGUGGGUCAGCUUCUGGCUGGACGAGGAGGCCAUACCCGCCCGCAUCACCUUAGGGGUCACGACCCUACUCACCAUCUCGUCCAAAGGUAUUGAUGUUUACUAUAGACUCAAACUGCGGUUCUCAUGUAUGAUGGAUCUCUACCGGUACCCAAUGGACAGCCAGAUCUGUGCCAUUGAAUUGGCCUCAUUUUCAAAGACGACAACUGAGCUGAACCUGAAGUGGUCGGACAUAUCACCCGUGAAACUGUACGACAAACUAAAAUUACCCCAAUUUCUCAUCACUAAUGUGAGCACAAGUCUGUGUAAAGAGACCUUUCAUAUCGGUGAAUACAGUUGUCUUAAGGCCGAGUUCUACCUCCAGAGAGCACUGGGAUAUCAUUUGGUUCAGUCAUACCUCCCGACUAUACUCAUAGUAGUC